CGAGAGUGCAUUCCGAGCCUGACGUUCAUUCAAUAGAGCGGUCCUCCUCGGCGGGCUCUGCUCUGGAAGCCUCCGUCGCUGCUCCACUUGAGGCUGCCUCUUCUCUUCUGCCCUUUCGAGGAGGAGGAGGAGGAGGGAGAGGAAGAAGGGGGGACAUAACCGAGGAUGUUAAAUCAGAGAAUCUUUCCGGGCAUGGUUUUUCUCCUGAUCUUUUUCUGCCACUUCCUAGAAGAUCAAACAGCGCAGGCUGGGAACUGCUGGCUCCGGCAAGCCAGGAACGGCCGGUGCCAGGUCCUCUACAAGAAUGGGCUCAGCAAAGAGGAGUGCUGCAAAACGGGCCGCCUGACCACUUCGUGGACGGAGGAGGAUGUCAGCGACAACGUGCUCUUCAAAUGGAUGAUCUUUAGCGGGGGUGCCCCCAACUGCAUCCCUUGCAAAGAAACCUGCGAGAAUGUGGAUUGUGGGGCUGGGAAGAAAUGUAAAAUGAACAAGAAGAACAAACCCCGUUGUGUCUGUGCUCCGGAUUGCUCUAAUAUCACAUGGAAAGGUCCAGUGUGUGGCUUGGAUGGCAAAACCUAUAAGAAUGAGUGUGCCCUUCUGAAAGCCAGAUGUAAAGAACAACCUGAACUGGAAGUCCAAUAUCAGGGCAAAUGCAAAAAGACUUGCAGGGAUGUUUUAUGCCCAGGCAGCUCCACAUGUGUGGUUGAUCAAAAUAAUAAUGCCAACUGUGUGACAUGUAAUCGAAUUUGCCCAGAGCCUACCUCCCCAGAUCAAUACCUCUGUGGGAAUGAUGGAAUUACAUACGCAAGUGCAUGUCAUCUGAGGAAAGCUACCUGCCUGCUUGGAAGAUCCAUUGGCCUAGCCUACGAAGGAAAAUGUAUCAGACCAGGGGAGAGGGCUGGUGGCACCAAUGUCCCAGAUGGGCUGGUAGCCCAGGAGUCUUGUGCUUCACCCCCAUGCCAGUCUCCUGGGGAGCAGGAGGCCAAAUCUUGUGAAGACAUCCAGUGCAGCACGGGGAAGAAAUGUUUGUGGGAUUUUAAAGUGGGCAGAGGACGGUGUGCGCUUUGUGAUGAGCUAUGCCCUGAAAGCAAAUCAGAUGAGGCUGUCUGUGCCAGCGAUAACACCACUUACCCAAGCGAGUGUGCCAUGAAGGAGGCAGCCUGUUCCCUGGGUGUGCUUUUGGAAGUAAAGCACCCAGGAUCUUGCAACUCCAUUAAUGAAGAUCCUGAGGAAGAUGAAGAAGAGGAUGACCAGGACUACAGCUUUCCUAUAUCUUCCAUUCUAGAGUGGUAAAACUUCCAUCAUUUUUGGAACAGCCAAUUUGGGCAAGAAAUACAAAUGUCCAUACUGUACAUAAGUGUAUGCUUAUUUAUUUGGGGAAGAAAAAAGUAUACAUAUAGUUGAAUCUUGUAGACAUUUAUUUAUACUGUGUCAUGUUUUAUAAUUUAUACAUAAAAAUGUCUGAUUGACCUUUUUUUGAAGAAAUUUAAUCGUUAUGGGAUAAGCAGUGUUAUUUAUUGUGAGGUCACUUGCUUGUACAGUAAAGCUUUUUUUCUUGUAAACUAUAAAUCCAUUCCUUAGAGCUUAACUCCCCUUCCCUUCACAACUCUUAUCUCCUUGUUUCUACCAAUGUUAACUCUGUUCCACUUUAACAAAACUUUGCAUGUCAGUUUCUAUUACAUUUUUAUUUAUUGCAUUUCCUUCUUGCUGGUUCUGUACAUACAUCCAUGAUCCCUCGGGUAUUUGUUUACAAGGAAUCUUGACUGACCAAAAGGCGCUGUAAACUGACUUAACUAUAUAUUCGGGGUGCAAUGAGGCAGUCUUUAAGCAACCUCUUCCCCUUGGUUAUAUUCUUCUUCUGAUUGUAUCAUGUACUGAGGUGAUCUCAAAGUACUGGACAUUUACAUAUACUGUACUAUGAGAAUCCAAACCCAAAGUUUGAAUUAUGAAGGCUAUUAAUAGCUGUGUGGUUAAAUGUAAUGAAAGCAUUUUUAAAAUACAUUGUCACAAAUGUCAAUGUUUUUAUUGGGUCUGUCUCUGGAGAUGGUCCUGCAGUUCCACUUUUUAAAGUUCUUUUCUUUCAAAGUGUUCACAGGUUAUUAUAUCAAAGCUUUAUCAGUUCAAGUUUCUUGCUUUUCAUAAUACUUUUUUUCUGAAGCAAUUUUAUAUUUUCAAACAUGGCGAGUUAAAUAUAAAUUCAUUUAAAUAUAUAGUUUUGUACUUUUCUACCAUGUAAAUGUGCAAUGUAUAUAAAAGUUAUAAUGUGUAUUUGUAAAUAAAUUAUGAGUGAAAAAAAAUAAAAAUGGACUUUUCCCACUACAUAUAAGGGGGAAAUAUAUAUAGGCUUGGUUAUUGGUUGUUUAAUGUGCUUUACAAGAAUGUUUUUUUCUUUUUUAAUGUGGACAGGGUUAAUUUUCAGAUAAUGGGUUCAGAACCUGCAGGAUGUUUUCUCAUGUCCCAGAUAUGGUCUGAAGGUCCAAAGAUGUAGAAGCUUUGCUUAAGCUAAGCACGAAUAUACUUAGCCUAUGUCUAAAUAGAAGACCAGCAGGGACCACCUUGCAUGUUACUUUGGAAUUUCGUGGUCAUGGAAAGAAAGGUAGAAUGUAAGAUUUAAUACACAAACAAAUUUAAAAAGACCUUUCUUUGAUUCAAAAGCAUCAAGAGCCAAUGUUGGAAAGGCUCCAACAAAGAACUGGUUUAGACUAGUCAUGAAUAUGGUGACAUACCUGGUCACCUAAGGUGAGUAGUAACAGAUGCCAUGUGACCAGGAAGCUGAACUUGGAUAAGUGGCCUUUUUGGACCCCACACUGGCCGGGGGGAAAUCUAGGAAUUGCAAUCCCAAAAGUCCCUUUUCCAAGCUCUGCUAGGAAGGGAAGUCUUUAUAAGCGAGAAAAAAAAAACAAUAGUGGUGAUCAUGGUGGUCGGUUUGUUUUUCUCCCAAUAAAAGGAAUGGACUAGUAGACUUAUUUGCAAGGCUACUGUAAAUGUUCUGUUGGUUAAAAAAAUAGACAGAUCUUUGUUGAAUUUUCUUCCUCCUCACUGCGUGCCAGUUUCCUAUAUGAUCUGAAGUCACAUCAGGGGUAAUCAUUGGCAAGGUGGGAAGAAAACUAUAGUAUGUGACAGUACAAAUUUACAUAACAAAUUCCAAUAGAUGAAACUGGUGGAAACCUACCAUGGAGUUCAGCUCCUCUCUGGCAAAAUACAAAUUAAAAUGUACUCCAAACUUGGAGGAACGAAACCCUGAGGAAACAGAACUUGAAAUUCACUAAAGUUAUGAACAUUUUUUUAAAAAGAAAAAGUUCUGAGAAAAUGAUGAAGGGGUCUGACAGAGUUCUUGGUGUUUGAGAGGGUGAUAAACAAGCACACGUUCAGUCAUUUUUACAUACCAUCACUGAUUCAGCCUCAAUCAGUUAGAGCUAAAUUCUGCACUACAACAUUGUAAAUCUUUCUUUUGGAUGUAAAGUCAUUUUUAGAAAUCUAGAAAACUUUAGUCCAACUUCUUUCCAGUGUCUCAUAUUGAGACAUAUGAGAACUAAUGCAGUCAAAUGAUUAGAGUGUUGGACUUAGGACUGAGGAAACCCAGGUUCAAAUCCCCACUCAUCCAUAAAACUCACUGGGUGACCGUGGGCCAGUCACUAUUUCUCAGCCUGACCUACCUCACAGGGUUGUUGUGAGGAUAUGAGUGGGAGGGAUAAGAGCCACGUACAUCACCUUGAGCUUCUUGCCAGGAGGUAUACAUCUGAUAAAUAAAUAAAUAUAUUGUAAUAUUGUUACCACUUGAUUCUCCUUUUCCCCUUAGAUCUUUAAAACCUCAGUGCAGUUACUUGCUUCCUUUGAAUUCUUGGGAAUCCACCCCUAUUCAUCCCUCUCUUGUAAAUCCACACAGUGUUGAUAUAACCAUGUAUUUUGCCUACAUACAAUAAAGCUUUUCUUUGAUGGA